AUGUUUGAUGAUGGUGUGGAAUUUAUGGACACAUCUGAUACACCGUGUAGCUGGUUUUACAAGGCAGAGUGUGGUGUCUGGCAGAGAGUUGAGGAUGAGCCAUUUAGUUUUAUGUCCAGUGCUCAACUAGAGACAUAUUACAUUAGAAAUCCAUAUGGGGUUAUAAACAUGACCACUGCAGCAGGACAUUUCCAGAUUAAUUUGGCAGCAAGCAUUCAGGUCAACUUAAAUACUGGGCAAACAAGGCAGAUUAAGCGCACUUUUCUGACCGAGAAUGGGUUCAGAUGCAAAUGUGUUGAUCUUUCCCCACCUCCACCGGCACACUGGGAAAAUCUUGAUCCCAAGCAACCUUAUCAGGUACUUAUCUUAACAAAAUUACAAAAUAAAACAUUGACCUCUCUUAAUCAGGCAUUCCCUUUGAGAAGACAUACCAGUGAAUAUCAGGCGAUUGAGUGUUUUGUCAGGAAUAUUGGCUUACUGGAUGAACCAAUUGAUUCAAUCUUCAGAAUACAGAACAAGGACCUUUGGGAAUUGUUUUGUAGGAAAAAAAUCCAGUUGAUGAGGAUCAAAGGGCAGUCAGCAAUUGAAGAGCAAAAUCUGUUUCAUGGCACAAGGGCAGAAAACCUCCACUCUAUUUCCACAUUUAAUUUUAACUGUAGACUAUCAGACAGUAAAAGAGGGUUACAUCUAUAUGGCAAAGGAACCUACUUUGCAAAAUAUGCUUCCUAUGCUUUCAAUUACAGUAAAAAGACCAACUGGGGCACUAAAAUAAUAGUGCUUGCUCGUGUUAUUGUUGGGAAUUACACACAAGGACACGAGGAUUAUUGUACCCCUAACGAUGACCAGGAUGAAUGCAUAUAUGAUAGCUGUGUAGACGAUCCUAUUUUUCCAAAGACUUUUGCUAUCUUUGAUUCGAAUCAGAUCUAUCCUGAGUAUGUGCUGCAGUAUCGCUGUACCUACAACUUUCAAUGAGCUUAUAUUGAAAUAAGGGGGUCAUUUGUCACUACAGUGUUUUUGGUUAACAAAUAUUGCACACACUCACACCCUGUCUAUAGAUGCGAGCAACACAACUUUUUUUUUGGUUAACAAAUAUUGGAAACACUUACACCCUGUCUACACCAGACGUGAGCGAAGCAACUUGACACGACAAACCCAUUAAGAACAAGGCACUUGUCAUAUUGCGUUGCGCCGAAUCCAGUGUGUUCUAUUGUCAUUUGUUGUGUUGCUUUGCAACUGCAUCGAGGUGUAAAUAGGGUGUUAGAGCUUUUUGUAUUUCAAAUGAAGGACAUAAUCAGUUAAUGUUAAAGCAUUUGAAUUGAACCUUUUAUAUUUACUCAUAUGCAAUGAGAAGCCUAAGGGAAGCAGUGGUUUGUAAAGAAUUGUCUGAACUAGGAGAGACAACUUUGAAGGUCUUUAAAAGCCAGGUGAAAGAUUGCUUCAGAUUAUAUAAACAAAGUUAAUGACUUGACUCAUGAUUCUCAUAAAUAAAAUAUAUAUUUCUUGUCCUUUCAGUCUUUUUUUAUACUUGGUCUUUUAAUGUACUUGAAAUGUUUCCUAAAGCUGCAGUCUACUGAAGAAUCCCAUCCAAUGAAAACUGUUAAAAAAAGCUACCUCCUGUCUCUUUGCCAGCAAUAAGUAUUUAGCUUUGUUUUGCUAACCACAUAAUGCACCAAAGGUGGUAGAGCUUUUUCUUAUGCAGCACCUGCACUCUGGAUUAGCUUUUCUGGCACUAUUCAGGA